CGUACACCCCUGACCCUGUCUUUGCCUUUGUGUUGGUGAGGGGCAAACACGUACGCAUCACACACGCAAAAAGGAGGGAGUGAGCCAAGCCACGCCCAGUCAGUCACACACGCACGCACCUCAACACGUCAACAUGGGAGAUGCUACGGUCACCGCGCCAUGGCUGCAUGGUGCCAUGUCGCGCGAAGAAGCAGAGCAACUGCUGCGGUCACAGGCGACGCAGAACGGCGACUUCUUCGUGCGAAAGCGCUCCACCGACACAAACGCGGAGGAGUACGUGCUUGUCCUGCAAUACAGCAACAAGCCCACGCACCACCUGAUCCGGAAGAAUGAGGAGGGCUUUUUCCAAAUCAACUCCAAGACAUACAUCAAGUCGUCCUCGCUUGUGGAGGUGAUCGAGGGGCUGAAGAAGAAGGUGCAGGGAUGGCCCAUUCUCUUGCAAAAGGGAAUCGAGAACCCAGAGUACAAGAAGCCGUCCACAGGUGCAGGCAAGACACCAGGGAACAGCGCGCCUGCCGCGCAGAUGUCCAUGCGCAACGGACACGCGAACAGUGUUGACAACGACAAGCAGCAAGCACAACCCACCAUACCGCCCGCGGAUUCUGGCAACGAACCAAACUACGUCUUCGAGCACAUGUCGCGCCAAGAAAGCACCGCCAUGGCCACGGGCAAGCCCGCAGGAACAUAUUUCCUGUACCCGCGCAAGCGUGAAAGCAACGACGAGUUUGUGCUUGUGCUGGUCACCGCAGCGCGCGUCACGCACCACCUCGUGGCCGCUAAGCAAGAUGGCUGGUACAUCAAUCACAAGAAGAUGGGCAUCUUCGACAACCUCUCGGGGUUGGUGGAGUUCCUCUCCAAGCCGCAGCCAUCGAACGUGUGGCCGGUCAAGCUCAUGCACGCCAUGGUGAACCCCAGGGCCAGCACAGCCGCCGCCCAGCCUGCUGUGCCGCAGGAGGCGAAGAACCCGGAGCCGCCACAGCAGCAGCAGCCACAAGAAGAGCAGCCGAAGCAACAGCAACCAAAGCCACAACCGCAGCCACAGGCACCCAAAGAGGCACGGUCACCGUCGCCUCCACCACCACCACCGCAGCAGCAGCAGCAGCAGCAGCAGCAGCAGCAGCAGCAGCAGCAGCAGCAGCAGCAGUCACCAGCAGCAGCUGUUGAGUCCACGCCACCACCAGAGCCAACACCACCAGCACCAGUGCAGUCGCAACCCGCCCCUGCUCCCCAGGUCGCAUCAACUCCAGCGCCCCAGGAGCCAGCGAAACAACAGCAACAGCAACAGCAACAGCAACAGCAACAGCAACAGCAACAGCAACAGCAACAGCAACAGCAACAGCAACAGCAACAGCAACAGCAACAGCAACAGCAACAGCAACAGCAACAGCAUCAAGUGCAGGUGCAGCAAACACACGAACAACAGCAGCAGCGGGAGGUGCAACAGGAGCAGCCAGUGGAGACGCGUGCCGCCGUGUCUGAGCCGCCACCUCAGCAGCAGUCGACACCUGUGCGGGCUGGUGGAAUGGCGGCGGCACCACCGCGGCGCAGCGUGAUCCAACUUGGCGGGCACGGCAACGCAUCAUCCACCGUCGAUGGGAACGGCAUCACCAUGCAGAUGGACAACAACACGUUCCGACGGGCGGCGUCGUCGCCGAUGCAGCAGGCGUGGACCAGCCCAGCCGGCUCGCCACAGAAAGUGUCGACACGGCAUGUGGACAUUGUUGGUCGCCAGGGUUUUGGCAACCACAUCAACGGCACGUACGAGUUCCAGCACGGCGUCGUGUACAACAACAGGCCUGUCUUUAAGCGCACGUUCACGAGCGGGAUGGGCCUCUCCCGCCCAAUUACCAGGGACCUGUUCCUCUACUACGAUGCCGGCAUGCAAGGGUGGUGCAUUGCCGGUGACAUUGGCGGUCAGCCCGUGUUUGCGUGUGUCAACGACUACGCUCAGCGGCCAGAUCACGUCACAGCAACGUGGCUCAUUGCAAACCGACAUGGGAAGUUUGUUAUGGACGAGUACGUCAGAGCAGUGCCGUGCGACCCCAACAUGUCGCCGUUCCGCCGGGCGUUGCGUGCAGGCAAAGAAAUCAACUUCUUCCAGUACCGGUUGUCACAGCUGGAGCUGAAUGAUCUCUGUGCCGAGCUCUCACACUCCCAGUGCCGCAUUGAGCAACUCAAGUUGUACCGCAACGGUCUGACGAGGAACAGUGUGAUUCAAAUUGCCCGCGCCCUCCAGGCCAACAACAGCAUCACCCAUCUCCAGAUUCGAGAGAACGGUGUCGACGACGACUGUGCUGAUGAGAUUGCAGAGGCCAUCCGAAGCAACCACAAACUUCGCCUCUUCUCGCUGCGGCACAACAAGAUCACGAGCCAGGGCGCCAAGUGGUUGGCGGAGGCCGUUCGCUCCAACCGCACACUCGUCGGCCUCUCGUUGCGGGACAACCAGAUUGAUGACCCUGGUGCAGAAAUGUUUGCAGAUGCACUCAAAGUCAACACCACGCUCAAGGGCCUCGCGCUGUAUGACAACAAGAUCAAGCCUACGACCGCGCGCAAGCUGAAGAAGCGCGUGAGCAAGUACUCCUCGUGUUCAUUUGAGAUUCGGCCACCGGCCAUCUGAUCAACCACAAGUCACAUCACACAGCCACACCACACAACAAGGAUAUACCACGACACUUUCGCCAUGACGCUUUCUGACUCUUGUUUGCUUUCACUCGUGUUUCGUUGGAGGCUCUUCAGCCCUCUCGCCCGCUCAUGGUCGAUUGAUUGCAUUGUGCUGACAGUGCAGCGUCAACGCUUUACUUAUCAUACACACGCCGUAACACGA